AUGCAACCAUUAAACGUAUUAGAAAAUAAAAAAUUUCAUGAUUUCGUAUAUGAGGCUGAAUCUCGUUAUCAAAUCCCAUGCCAAGAUAUAUUUAAAAAAAAAAUUUUUGAGGCAGUUAAUUUUGUCCAAGAUGCUAAUCGAGAAAUUCGUAAAGAUGGAAAAAAACUAGAAUCCUUGUUAUUAGAUGAUCAAGAAUUGUUAGGUCUUAAAGAGCUUAUUAACUUAUUAAAACCUUUUGCUUGUACAACAACUUUAAUGGGUGGCGAUAUAUAUCCUACUCUCUCUCUUAUGCUUCCAACCAUUACAACCCUUCAAGAACAUUUGUUUCAACUCAACCUAGCAGAUCGAUGGGAAGAUCCAAAGAUAGAAGGAUAUCUGGCAGCAAUAUUAGAUCCUAAAUUUAAAAAUCUAGGAUUUGCUUCAGAAAAAUUUGAAGAAACGAAAAAUUAUCUUAGACAAAAAAUGUUAAUGUUAAAUAAAGAUGAAUAUUUGAAUGAACAGCCAGUAGAAAAGCUAUUUUCAAAUUUAGCAUCUUUUUUUAACAACAUCACUGCUGUCAAGAAAUUUUCCCUAUUGAUAUAA